AUGUCGGAAUAUCCUUCCUACUACCACCCCUGUUAUCACUACUACCACCUCUAUUACCACUACUACCAGUCCUACUACCACCCCUGUUAUAACUACUACCUACCCUAUUACCACUACUACCAGUCCUACUACCACCCCUGUUAUCACUACUACCAUCUUUAUUACAUCGACUACCAGUCCUACUACCACCCCUGUUAUCACUACUACCACCCCUAUUACGACUACUACCAGUCCUACUACCACCCCUGUUAUAAUUACUACCACCCCUAUUACCACUACUACCAGUCCUACUACCACCCCUGUUAUCACUACUACCACCUUUAUUACAUCGACUACCAGUCCUACUACCACCCCUGUUAUCACUACUACCACCCCUAUUACCACUACUACCAGUCCUACUACCACCCCUGUUAUAACUACUACCACCUCUAUUACCACGACUACCAGUCCUACUAUCACCUCUGUUAUCACUACAACCAGCCCUAUUUCCACUACUACCAGUCCUACUACCACCCCUGUUAUCACUACUACCACCCCUACUACUACCCCUGUUAUAACUACUACCACUCCUAUUACCACUACUACCAGUCCUACUACCACCCCUGUUAUAACUACUACCACCCCUAUUACCACUACUACCACCCCUGUUAUAACUACUACCACCCCUACUACCACUCCUGUUAUAACUACUACCACCUCUGUUAUCACUACUACCACCCCUACUACCACUACUAA